AAGGACCUGAUUGCAAUGGUAGUGGAUCCACAAGCAUGGCCAAAUUUCUCAACCAAGCUACACUACAAGAAAUCAUCGUCAAAGCCGACGACAUUUACUGACUACUACUCUCCUCGUUCCGAGAACAUGUUGCCGGUAUUUUCUCAAGACAUACAAAAGCCCGACAAUCAAUUUGCUUAUCGGUAUGGCAUCACAAAAAGCUCGUCGGAGUUCUAUCGGGGUCUAGAUGUGUCGUUACAAAAAAGGAAGGGUCUAGAUGUGUCGUUACAAAAAAGGAAGGGUCUCUCAUGUCCACACAUCUCUAUUUUCUUAUCUACUCCUUUAUCCACAUCUCUGUCAAAGAGAAGAUCAUCUCUUGCUCAAUGGCGUAAAGCGACAUGUAACUGGCUUGUUCGAUUCGUGUCUCCGGUUGGCCUCCUCGCGAUCACUCUGCCUACUGAUUUCUGCCGAUACGUGAUUUUGUUGAGGAGCAUUACCAGUGUAAUAUCUGGAGCCGUUGCUACUGAUUCUUCGAGUUUGGUCUCGGUUGAAAACCACCUAAAACUUCCCCACACCACCGUUUAAAGACUUUGUGCCGCCACCGUCACUGCCGCAGCUCCUUCCACCGCCAUUGCUGAUCACUCCACCUCCACCAUCACGGCCACCGUUGCAUCUACACAAACACCGUAGUACAUACACCAAUUCAUUAGAUUAUAACUACUGAUUUAUUCUUAUUUUCGUUUUAAUUUGUGUAGAACUUUUAUAUUUAAUCUGUUUAUCUAUAAUGUAUAUUUGAUAAUUUUAAUAUUAUUGUGUUUUAUUUA